AUGUUUGGAAUAUUCGCGGACUUGUUGUCCUCGGUCAUCACGAUCCUAUUCCCCGUCUUUGCUUCUUAUAAGGCUCUUCGUUCCUCUGACCCCUCACAACUCGCACCAUGGCUGAUGUACUGGGUGGUACUUUCAGUCAUUCUGCUGGCUGAAUCCUGGACAGUGUUUAUCAUCGGAUGGUUCCCAUUCUACAGCUGGAUUCGCCUCGGUUUCAUGGCUUAUCUCGUCCUCCCCCAGACGCAAGGUGCUCGUAUACUGUACCAAGACUACGUGGACCCAUUCUUGACACACCAUGAGCGGGAAAUCGAAGAUAUGAUCGGCCACACCCAUGAGCGGGCUAAGACACUGGGACUUCAAUACUUCUACCAAGCCAUCGAUUUGAUCCGACAGAAAGUUUUGGGUCUACCCCCGCAGCGCCCUACAACACCCCCUCAGCCAGGUGCCGCUUCUUACGCGCAGUCGCUACUAUCGCGGUUCAACAUCCCCGUUGGCGGAGCUGCCGGGGCGGCCAGGGCACCCGCCAACACAAAUGAUUGGUUUUCUGUUCUCAGUGCCGCCGUGGGCACAGCUACAUCUGGAAAGACUCGGGAGGUGCGGGACGAGGAGCUUUCAGUCAGUGGCAAUCUCCUCCAGCGCCAGAUGCAGUCUAUGUCUGGAGCCGAGAAGGCUCACUUUAUUUCCUCGCAACGAGAGCUGUUAGAUCACCUCCGGUCAACCCUAACACAAGAAGAGCAGAGCACCCCUCGAGGUGGACUCGAAGCUGACGACCUUGCCUACGGUGUACCGUUGCGCAAGAAUCGCAGCGAGAACUCCUUCGAGGUGGUUGAUGAUGAGGAUCUAGGGCAUCGCUCGGAACGAAAGACUAGUGGUGGAUGGACAUCCGGUUGGUUCAACAGCGAACAAGAUUCCUCCGCCUCCUCUGGUGCUGAAUUCGCGGCGCGAGCUGUCGAUGAGAUCGCCCGGUCGCGGGCAAGCGGGUACGACCGAUCCUAA